CAAUAUGCGCGGCGGCGCAUGGGCUCUCUGUGUUCGGAUGGUGGGCAGUAACGGUUGGCGGCGGUGGAGCGUCGCGGGGGUGGAGGGGAGGGUCGCGCGGCCUUUAAGGCGGCGAUAAGAUGGCGAUGGCGGCGGCUGAGGGAAGCCCAGCAGUGGAGCCGGCAGCGUCGCCGCUGACAGAGGGGAACGACGACGAGGAGGAGGCUGAGCCGCCUCAAGAAGAGGAAGAGGAGGAAGACGACGAGGCGGCGGGACCGAGCAGCGGCAGCGCGGGGUUCCGCUUGACGGCGGUGCGUCGCGAGCCGGCAGUGCGGCUGCAGCACGGCGUGAGCGGUGUGGAGCCGCUGGCUUGGUCCGAGGACCACCGCGUGUCGGUCUGCACAGCCCGCAGCAUCGCUGUCCUGGAGCAGCUCAGCGACGUCCAAGGCGGCGGCGGCGGAGGAGGAGGUGGAAGCAGCGGCGCUGACCUCGUCAUCCACCGCACGGCCGUGCCGGCCCCCGCCGCCGCCUGUCACCUCAAGGUUGGUUCCAAAAAGGAAGUUGCUGAAUGUAAGGAAAAGUUUGCCAGUUCUAAGGAUCCAACCGUGAGCCAGACGUUUAUGUUGGACAGGGUGUUUAACCCCGAAGGGAAGUCGCUGCCGUCCAUGCGAGGCUUCAGAUACUCCAGUUGGUCUCCGCUGGGCUGUGAUGCAAACAGCAGGUGCCUCCUGGCAGCAUUAACCAUGGACAACAGGUUGACCAUCCACGCUAACCUUGACAGACUUCAGUGGGUGCAGUUGGUUGACCUGACUGAGCUCUAUGGAGAGCGCCUGUUUGAGAACGGCUACCGGCUUUGUAAGGGUGAGGGUCCCAGGGUGGAUUUAGGGGACUUCUCCGAAUUCCAGAGAAGGCACAGCAUGCAGACCAUGGUGCGCAUGGAAUGGUCUGGAAUCUGCACCACCCAACAGGUGAAGCAUAAUAAUGAGUGUCGGGAUGUGGGCAGCGUGCUGCUAGCCGGAAUCUUUGACAAUGGCAAUAUUGCCAUCUGGCAGUUCCAGCUCCCAUUUAUGGGCAAGGAAUCAAUUACCUCUUGCAAUACUAUUGAAUCAGGAAUCACUUCCCCCAGCGUAUUGUCAUGGUGGGAAUAUGAGCACAAUAAUAGGAAGAUGAGUGGUCUCAUUGUUGGGAGUGCUUUUGGACCCGUUAAAAUCCUCCCCGUCAACCUUAAAGCAGUCAAGGGCUAUUUCACCCUCAGGCAACCGGUGGUUUUGUGGCAAGAAAUGGACCAGUUGCCUGUACACAGCAUCAAGAGCAUUUCUCUCUACCACCCAUAUCAGAAAUGCAGCUGUAGCUUAGUGGUGGCCGCAAGAGGAUGCUAUGUGUUCUGGUGUCUUCUUUUAAUCUCCAAAGCAGGUUUAAAUGUUCAUAAUUCACAUGUUACAGGGCUCCACUCUCUCCCAAUCAUUUCCAUGACAACAGACAAACAGAAUGGGACUGUCUACACAUGCUCUAUUGAUGGGAAGGUCAGGCAGCUGAUUCCCAUUUUCACAGAUGUUGCAUUGAAGUUUGAGCACCAGCUGAUAAAGUUGUCUGAAGUGCUUGGCUCUGUGCGGACUCACGGGAUCGCAGUGAGCCCAUGUGGGGUGUACCUGGCGGUAGUGACCACAGAAGGCAUGACCAAUGGCCUCCACCCUAUCACCAAGAGCUAUCAGGUCCAGUUUGUGACUCUUAAAACAUUUGAGGAGGCAGCAGCCCAGCUGCUAGAAUCAUCUGUCCAAAACCUUUUCAAGCAGGUUGACCUCACGGAUCUUGUCCGCUGGAAGAUCUUGAAAGAUAAGCACAUUCCACGAUUCCUACAGGAAGCCUUGGAGAAAAAGAUUGAGAGCUUUGGGUCCACUUAUUUUUGGCGCUUUAAACUGUUUCUCUUGCGGAUUUUGUACCAGUCACUGCAGAAGGCUCCCUCUGAGGCCCUGUGGAAGCCAACCCAUGAGGACACAAAAGUCUUAAUAGCACAUUCCCCUGGGAUGGGCACCAGUGAAGAUCAUCAACAAGACAAAGGCACUUCAAAACAGGGCAGCAAGCAGAAUCCAAGCGACAUAAUCCGAGGAGCAGAUGUGGAUGAUCUGGCAGAUGACUCUCUUGUCUACUCCAGUGACAUAGGAGGACGGGAGCCAAUGGAAGAUAAGCUUCUUGAAAUCCAAGCUCAGAUUGAAGCAGUUGAAAUGCAUUUGACACGGGAACAUAUGAAGCAAGUGUUGGGCGAAGUCUACCUGCACACAUGGAUUACGGAGAACACCAGCAUUCCCACGAGGGGAGUCUGCGACUUCUUAAUGUCUGAUGAAAGUUAUGAUGACAGGACAGCAAGGGUGCUGAUUGGGCAUAUCUUAAAGAAAAUGAACAAACAGACUUUUCCAGAGCACUGCAGCUUGUGCAAAGAGAUCCUGCCGUUCACAGAUCGCAAGCAGGCAGUUUGCUCCAACGGACACAUUUGGCUCAGGUGCUUCCUUACCUAUCAAGCCUGCCAAAGCCUGGUGUACAGAAGAUGCUUGCUUCGUGACAGCAUUGCCCGGAAUCCAACCCCAGAAGAUCCUGAUUGGAUCAAGAGGUUGCUGCAGGGGCCUUGCAGUUUUUGUGACUCUCCUGUUUUCUAAAGAACAAGAUUGAGAGCCUGAUGUAUGUUUUUCCAGCGCACAAAGCACCAGUCUAACCCUGGAAACUGCCUGAAGGUGCAAGCAUGUAAAUUACCCAGAAAGGAACUUUUGAGUAGAAGACAAUGAGCUGGACAUGCUUAGUGGUCCAGCAGCCCAUUUCAAACCUGAGAGGAAGCAGAAAAGCCUUCUGUUGGAAAAACUUCAGCACAGACACUUUGGAAACAGCCCUGACCCAUCCCAGUUAAGCAUUGGUACUUGACUCCUUUCUUUUCUUGUCAAGUAGGGUCUGGAAUUGGAGAAAUGCACCGGGGCUGACUUCACACCACCCUCCAGCCUGCUUCAUUUGGCAAUGGGAUGCUUUUCGUGCAAAGAUCCCAGCAGUGGGGGAUACCGCUGCUGCUGCUGCUGCUGCUGCUGCUGCUGCUGCUGCUACUACUACUACUACUACUUCAUAGGACUUCAUAGAAAUUCAUAGGACUUCAUAGAAAUUCAUAGGAAUUCAUAGAAAUUCAUAGGACAGCAGGAUUUGAGCCUGCUUUUUGCUCUUUCAUUUAUUUUUCAAUAAAUGUUUUGAACAAAUGGUGCUCACUGUGCCAGAGACAAUUAAAUAUUUAGAAAUAA